AAAUUAAGAAAUAACUAAUUACCAUACAAAUUUUUGUAUUAUUGAAAAUAUAUCUACAUAAGAUUUGAAUAAUUCAUUCAGAAAGAAUUUUUUUUCUUUCAUAAUUAGUUUUACCUUACUUUAAUCUAAUGUAAUUUUUUGCUUUAAGAUAAAUUAAAGUUGUCUUUUAUCACGGUAAAAAGUAUUUAGAUAAAAAAUUGCGCUUGUAUUAACAAUUUUCUUUAAUUAAAAAUAAACAUACUAAAAUGUUUCCUCAAAAGGUACUUGCUUUUCUUUUAAUAUAAUUGAUAGUAACAUAGAGCUAUCCAUAAUAAGCCUUUUUAAAAAAUCGAAAUCAUUCUGAAAGCUUCUAAUCAUAGAUUUAUGAUCUAAAUUUGGUUAAUGAGUCAGUUUUAAACUAAAGAUAGCUAUUCUAAUUGAUUACCUCUAGUAUAAAUGAGGAAGCAAAGUAAGAUCUAUGCCCUUAUCCAGGAUUUUAUGGAGAUUACUGUGUUGGAUUACAAGAAUAAUAAGAAUAGUUUCAUUUACAUGAGAAAACUAGCAUGAAAAUGUAAUAGAUGUCUUAAAAUUCUGAAACUGAAUAGGCAGUUUAAAGUAUUAAAAAUAUGCCUUCUGGAGUUGGAGUUUCUUUUGAUAUUACUACUGGAGAACUAAAACUUCCUGCAAUCUAACUCACUUAUUAAAAAGAGCCCACUCAAGAAUAAAUUUGGAAAGAUCCACUUUCAGAUAACUAAUUUAUUAUAGCUGAUGAGACACAAGUAGAAUAAAUAGAAUUGUAACCAGACAUCAAAAUAUUUUAAAACGAAUAAGAAUUAUCAAAUUUGUGGAUUGAAGCUGCUUAAAAUGGCUACUGGUUGGGAGGACAAUAUAGUCACUCAUAAGAUUUAAAUUAGAUAUUUGAAAAAUUCUUUAAAGGAGAUUAAGAAAUGUCUGUUUCACAAAUGACUAAGAAUGUUCUGAGAAUGACUUUUAAGAAUGAUAAUCUGAGCCUAAAUAAAUAUGCCUAAAGAGCUGUAAAUGCUUUACCUUAAGAAUAUUCACCUGAAGUAUAUAACGAUUUUUUAGAAUCAUGGGGAACUCAUAUUUCUGUUGAUACCUACAUUGGAGGUAUGAUUGAAAAAGUAAAUUCAUUCAAAAGUUGUGUUUAUGCUUCUCCUUCAUUUAAUGGAGGCUUAUCUCCUUAAUAAGUGGAAUAAGCGCUUAAUAAUGAACUAAAUGGGAAUCCAGCAGAUGGCUAUUUUGCUGCAAGAAGAAAAAUUGCUGUUGAUCAUAGAUUUGGAGGAAAUCCAGAAAAUGAAUCUAAUUGGGAAAACACUAUUAGCCAAAAUCCUGCUUUAUUAAAAAUAAAUAAGUUUGUAUCUUGGGAUAGUCUAGUUACAGAUGCCUAAGUAAAGCAAAACUUAUAACAAGCAAUUAUGAGUAGAAUUGAAUCAAUGAAAGAAAGAUAUAUUAACAACUAGUAAUCAAUCCAAGAACAGAGAAGAAUAGAAAGUAAUGGUCCCAAGACUGCAUACGCAAUUUAAGGAAAUGGAAAUACAAACGUUUUUGCUCAUAUGAUGGUAGAUAUAAAUGUGCCAAUACCUCUUUUUUAUACCAUUUCAAGUCCAUUUUAAAUGAAUGAAGCUUCUUUAUGCACUCCUGGAUUACCUUAUGAAAUUUCAAAAAGUAGAUGUAGCUCAUGUGAAUUUACUGAGUUCUAAUUAUUUUUAGAAGUUGAAAAAGAUGCUAGAUACGAAAGAGAUAGCUUAGGUAACUUCAGAACUAUUUUAAAUGAAAACUAUGGUAAUUGGGUAAAUAAAGGAUGCAGUAUAGCAUCUGUUAGUGGAUUUCCUUAGUUUGUUGAUCUUAAUUAGAUUCCUCCAAAUGAUAGUAGAUUCUAAGUGAUAUGUACAGACUGUAUACCAACUUUUUAUAAUAGUCCUAAUGGAAAUAUAUUAUAGUGUAAUUGUCCUGCUUUUUGAUGACAUAUUUGAAAAAUAAGUUUUCAAACUUGACAUAACUAAUACAACUUAUCAUUUAAAUAAAACAAAAAUUCAAAUAAAAUCAAUAAUAUCAAAUUUUAUUGAGAGAAUUAAAAAAUUAGAAUAAAAUAUUUUUUGAAAGUUAAAAAUUAAAUAUUUUCAUAUUAGUGAGUAAGACAUGAUAAAACAUAUUAAGUAUAAAUUAUAUUAAAAAAUAUAUUCUUAUGUUAAAUUUAAUUUCUCAUUUUAAUAAAAUGUUGUUUAAAGGUUCCUCAGUUGGAAUAAAAAAUAUUUACCAAAUAUUUAUAGAAACC